AUGUCCAUCAACCUACAUUCCGCAUCCGAGUACGACACGUCUUACAAACUGAUCCAGUUGACGCCAGAACUGCUAGACAUCAUUCAGGAUCCCGCACAAAAUAACCAAUUAAGGUUCAAGUCGCUAGAUGAAGACAAGUCAGAGGUCGUGCUGUGCUCGCAUGACAAGACAUGGGUGCUGAAACAACGGAAGCACUCGAACACGGUUCUGUUGAUGAAGGAGUUUGUUCCUGAGGAACCCAUUAGUUUUGACGAAACACAGCUGUUUGGGCUGUCCAAGCCGUACAUGGACAUACUAAGUUUUGCCAAGACCGAGUCGGAAUUCGAGACCAGGGAGGCGGAGGGCCAAUUGAACCUGGAUGCAGUACCAAUGUACGAUGGAGAGUUAGACUUCCGUGAAAGGGCUAUGAAAAAGUCGUCCACGAGGAUUUUCGAAACGCUGGAGGAACUUCUAGAGAACUCACCUUGCUCUGCAGUGGAGGGCGUAUCGAAAUGGCACAAGAUCGGGGGGUCUGUCAAGGAUGGCGUGCUAUGUAUUCUCUCGCAGAACUUCCUCUCCAAAGCCUUACACGUGUUGCUGAUGAGUGUAAUGGCAGAAUCGCUGGAUCUGCAACGUUUGCAAAUUGACGACACGUACCAGGCAGUGGGAAAGGACAUCGAGAACGAAUUUAAUCCAUAUACAAAAGAAAUAAUACGGACUGUGUUAAAUAAAUUUGCAGUCCAGGAGCAACAAUCCCAGGAGGAAACGUGGCGCUUAAGGAUACCCUUUAUUGCCCAGUGGUACGGCAUUCAGGCGCUACGGAAGUACGUUUCAGGGACAAGCAUGCCGCUUGAUGAGUUUCUCAUCAAGUGGAAAUCGCUAUUCCCACCUUUCUUUCCCUGUGACAUCGAUGUCGAGAUGCUUCGAGGCUACCACUUCAAGCCCACCGACAAGACCAUACAAUAUGUAGCCAGAAGUACGCUGCCGACGGACCCAAAGGAGCGGUUCAGAGUCCUAUUCAAGUUGCAGUCCCAGUGGAACUUGGAAGACAUCAAGCCUCUUAUCGAAGAGUUGAAUAUAAGAGGUAUGAAAAUAGACAGCUUCAUCAUGAAGUAUGCUCGCAGGAAAAGACUGGGCAAGAAAACUGUAGUAACCAGCAGGUAG